GGUUAAAAGUUCUGUUUGACACCAAUGAAGGUUACUGGAGCAGGAAAAUGCUUAUGCAAAGCUUAUCGUUCUGUGCUGCAAUAAUACUUUGCAUUGCGCAUGACUCUCUUUCAUCUGAAAUCCAAAGUCUCGGUUAUGUUGCUAAAGCUGACAAUAAUACCUUAAAAUUAAUAGUAAAUCUGACUCUAAAUGUUAGUUUGGACAAAGCAAAACCCACCAGCUCGUCCCCUGAAGAGAACACUGAGGCGCAAAGGAAUAGUGAAGAGAAGGCGCACAGUAAAGACGGACAACAGGACAACAAAGACGCUCGUGGAAAAUCAGAUUGUCCACCACUGGGGUUGGAGUCUCUAAAAGUGUCUGAUGAACAGCUGGAGGCAUCCUCCUAUUUGAGUGUUGGGUUGGGUGCUCAUAGAGGACGCCUUAACAUACAGUCUGGUUUAGAGGAUGACGAUGAGUAUGAUGGAGCGUGGUGUGCGGAGCUGGAGGAUCAGGAACAGUGGUUGCAGUUGGAUGCUCUCAGACCAACUCUGUUUACUGGGGUCAUCCUACAAGGCAGAAACUCCAUCUGGGGCUUGCACUGGGUCCACACAUAUAAAGUGCAGUUCAGUAAUGACUCACUGGUAUGGAAGCCCUGCAUGAAUGGAUCAGAGGAGGCGGUGUUUGUCGGGAAUAAAGAUCAAGAGACUCCGGUUCUGGCUCUUUUCCCUGAGCCCUCAGUGGCCCAAUACAUUCGCAUUAACCCACAGACGUGGUUCAGCAACGGCACCAUUUGCCUCCGGGCUGAAGUGCUGGGCUGCCCAGUGCCAGAUCCUGACGACCCACAUUUUUCCGAGUCUGAGAGCGGAUCCUCAGAUAACCUGGACUUCAGACAUCACAAUUACAAUGAGAUGAGGAAACUAAUGAAGUCUGUGACAGACGAGUGUCCAGAUAUCACACGCAUCUACACCAUUGGCAGGAGUUACACUGGACUGAAGCUUUAUGUUAUGGAAAUAUCUGAUAACCCAGGGAAACAUGAGCUCGGUGAGCCAGAGUUCCGCUAUGUCGCUGGGAUGCAUGGAAAUGAAGUCUUGGGCCGUGAGCUCCUGCUAAACCUCAUGCAGUUUAUAUGCAGCGAGUAUAAGCGAGGCAAUCAGCGUGUCGUACAGCUUGUGAAGGACACACGCAUCCAUCUGCUUCCAUCAAUGAAUCCAGAUGGAUAUGAAAUGGCCUAUGAGAAGGGAUCUGAACUUUCUGGUUGGGCUCUCGGACGCUUCAGCUUUGAGGGCAUCGACAUGAACCAUAACUUUCCCGACCUCAACAACAUCAUGUGGGACGCUCAGGAGCUGGCCACAGACAAGAGGAGAGUGAGCAACCAUUACAUCCCAAUGCCCGAGUACUACACCUCAACUGAAGCUUUAAUUGCUCCAGAGACGCGUGCUGUAAUCAGUUGGAUGCAAGACAAUCCAUUUGUUCUGAGUGCUAAUCUGCACGGAGGAGAGCUGGUGGUCACUUACCCGUUCGACUGCACGCGCGAUUGGAUCCCUCGCCAGGACACGCCCACCGCAGACAACGAUUUCUUUCGCUGGUUGGCUGCUGUCUAUGCAUCCACCAAUCUAGCGAUGGCAAACCCAGAUCGGAGAAUCUGUCACUAUGAAGACUUUCAGCAGCACAACAACAUCAUCAAUGGAGCUGAUUGGCACACGGUUCCAGGAAGUAUGAAUGACUUCAGUUACCUCCACACUAACUGCUUUGAAAUAACCGUGGAGCUGUCGUGUGAUAAGUUUCCUCAUGCCAGUGAGCUCCCUGUUGAGUGGGAGAACAACAAAGAGUCUCUCCUUCUGUACAUGGAGCAGGUGCACAGAGGCAUAAAGGGUGUCAUCAGGGACAAGGACACUAAAGCUGGAAUUGCAAAUGCUGUCGUUAAAGUUGAAGGCCUGGACCAUGACAUAAGAUCUGCUGUAGGUGGUGAUUACUGGCGUUUGCUGAAUCCAGGUGAAUAUAAGGUAACUGUGUGGGCAGAAGGUUACUUCCCCCGCAUCCGUCAAUGCUCUGUUGGGUCAGAGCCUCGGCCAACCAUCUGUGACUUCACCCUUACUAAGACAUCACAAGAUCUUCUCAAACAGAUUCUAGCUAAAGGCAAGAAAAUCCCAAGGGACAAUCAGGUACGGAUCCGUGCCAUGCGAAUGCGUGAACUCCGCGCCAGCACCAAGAUUCUUAACCGCCGGCGAGAGCAACAGCAGCGUCUUAACAAAGUCAAACGGAAAUGAACUCGUAGAUAUUGAGCCGGUCUGUCACAGGUUGAGAGACACUGAGAUUCUGAACUGUUACGUAACUCACUACUACACACUCCACUUUUAUGUAUAAUGGAAAUAAAAUACACGACCGGUCAAAAGUUUUAGAACACUUACUCGCUUAUUUUCCCACAUUUUAGAAAAUAGUAGCUUAUCACAUCUGUGAAAUAACAAAGGGAACUAUGAGAAUUAUGUUACGACUUAAAAAUGUAAACAAAAAAAUCCAACUUGGUAUAUUUUAGCAUCUUCAGUGUAGUCAUAUUUUGCCUAGAAUUUCCAGAAAAUGUUUCAUUGCAUUUUAUCAAGCAGCUCCUUAAAGUCUCAACCUGAAAUGUUUUUUAAACAAUAUUGAAGGAAUUCCCACUAAUUCUGUGCUUUUAUUGGCUGCUCUUCAUUAUUCAAAGUCUUCAAUUUCAAAGACAUUUUUAUUAAAUAAAAUUUUAGUUUGUAAUGAAAAAGAUGUUUGCACAAUUAUAUUCUUGUCCAAGAAACGGAUUUCAGACAUUUAAACACAUCCCCUCAGAUCAAAACCUUUUUAAGAUAAUGAGAAACAUUUCACUCAAGUGUUGUAAAACUUUUGACCGGUAGUAUAGGUCAACAUCAACAGCAUGAUUAUGGAUUUAAGCUAGUUUUUCACUUUUUAAUGUGGUCUAACUUGAGCACAUUGAAUGUUCUGAUGCUAAACAUGUGACUGUUUCUUUUACCACUACAGAUUUCUAAGAAUGUCUCAUUUUGAAACAAAAACUGAGGUUGUAGCUGGUAUUCUACCCUCAGAUUAUGUUAUUGAUAUAAAAAAGCUAAUAAAAUAUUUUUAAAAAACA